AUGGCGCCGCGCAAGAACUCGCAGUCCACGGCAGCUGAGCUGUCGCUGGUGCAGCUGCAAAAGUGCUUCGUCAACCUGCCAUCUUCGCUCGUCAACAUUCUCUUGAACGUGGAUACGCCCAUACAAAAUGUCGUCAUCGAGCUCAGCUACCGCGCCCCAGCGGCCCCUCGCCCCGACAGCUCGGGGCCAACGCCCUCGGUCCAGCGGUCCAUCUUCGUCGGCUGGACGGGCAUGCCGAGCCGACGCAAGAUGGCCUCGCUCGUCGGCCGCGACAGCAUCACAAGUAGCGCCCGCGGGGGCGGCGGGCGGACGGGUGGCGGCAGCGACCAGGAGAUUGCCGUCGUCGAGAUCGACGCCACGUUUGCACACACGCUCGGCCUGCACGACGGCCAAAAGGUCACGGCCACGAUCUACCUCGACCCGCCGCUGGCACACACAAUCAACAUUGAGCCGCUGACGCCCGAGGACUGGGAGAUGGUCGAGCUGCAUGCCACGUUCCUCGAGAUCAACCUGAUGAACCAGAUCCGCGCGCUGCCCAAUCCCGCCUUCACGGGCUCCGCAGGGCCCGGCGGCGCAACCAUCCCUCCACACCCGCUGACGCUGCACCUCUCGCCGACGUCGACGGCCAACAUCAAGGUGCUGUCGCUGGAGCCUGCGCUGCCGUCCGACGCGCCGUUUGCCAAGGUGGCGCCGGACGCCGAGGUGAUUGUGGCGCCCAAGACGCGGGCGAAGCCCUCGCGCAGCAGCCGCGAGAACCGCAGUGUGACGAGCACGUCCAAGAAGAGCGGCACGAGCACAGCACGGGGACGGGGCGCGCGCGAGGAGCGGAAGCCGGCGCUGUUCUUGCGCGCAGUCGACCGGGCGCUCUGCGACGAGUGGUUCGAUGAGGACGUGGUGGCCGGCGAUGCAGGUCUGGCCGUGUGGGUGGACCGCGACCUGCUGCUGCCCAACGAGUUCCGUGGCCUGAAAUGGGCGUCCAUCACAUUGUUGCGAGCGGGCGGCGCACAGCCUCCCAAACAACCGCAGCAGCCGGGCGGUGGCGGCGGUGAGAUUCUUGUGGGCGGCGCGACGGCACCUGCGCCGGGGACUGGCGCUGCACAACCAGGCGGCCCUGGCCUGAGCUCCACCGAGUCGGCAGCACGCAUCAUCGUCCAGAUCCGUCCCUGGGACGACCCGCCAAACGGCCAGACAGCCGCACUGUCGCCUGCUCUCUGCUCGGCCCUCAGUUGCCAGGGCAUCGUCGGCGGUGUGGUCAAGAUCGAGCCGGCUUCUCAACCGCUGGCCCCGAAGAUGGUACAGAAGAUUAAGCUGUACCCCUUCGAGGACAGCAGCAGCAGCAGCAGCAAGCAGGCAGCGGGGAUCAAGUUUGGCGGCGACGCACAGUACGAGAAGGAAGACGCCAUUAAGCGAAUCCGAGCACACUACGGCGGUAAAGCGCCGCAGGGCCUGUUCCAGGGCCCGCUGACCGACGGUCUGGUCUUGGGUCUUAACAACGGCCCAGAGCCUGCUCCAAGUGGCUGGUGCGGCGGUUUCUUGAAGCUGAGCGUGUCACCAGCCGACGCGGCAGCGCAGGGCGACAACACAAAAUGGAUCCUGGGCUCCACAGUCACCAGCUCUGCCUACGAGGUCCAAGCACCCAUUCCGAAGCCAUCCUGGCUGGUGGAGGCCGAGGCGAAUGCCGCGUCCCCGCUGUCUUCUUCGCAACAGACUCUGGUCGGCAUCAACGGCAUCCUGAGCGACCUGCAGACGCACCUGUCGCACUCGUCGUCCGUGCUGCUGACCGGCGCACUGGGCUCUGGAAAGACGUCGGUGGCACAGCAGAUUGGCGAGGCGCUGCGAACAAGCGAGUUCUUCCACGUGUCGUACCUGGCCUGUCGCAAGCUGGUCAACGAGGAGAGCAAGAUUGCGACGAUCAAGGAGACGCUGAGCCGCCUGUUUAUGGGUGCCAGCUGGGGCGCGCGCCUGGGUGGCAGGGCGCUCGUCAUCUUGGACGAUCUGGACCGUCUCUGCCCCGCGGAGACGGAGCUCGUGGUGCAGAGCGAAGAGGGCCGCAGCCGGCAGAUCAGCGAAGGCCUGUGCGCGAUUGUGCGGCAGUACUGCGGCCGGCCCGACAGCAAUGUCGUGCUGCUGGCGACGGCACAGGGCAAGGACUCGCUGCACAACGUCGUCGUCGGCGGCCACGUGGUGCGCGAGAUUGUCGAUCUCAAGGCGCCGGACAAGGAUACGCGCCGCAAGAUUAUGGAGAACUUUGCGAGGCAGAACGCGCUCGAUGCAGAGCAGGCCGCAAAGCGGCUGGGCAAUGGCGGCCAGAACAGCGGCGAGGAUACCAACAACAACAGCAGCCGGCCGACGACCGCGGAUGGCCGGGCGGCCAGCGACGAUGGCGGCAACUGGAUGAUGGACGGCGCGAGACAGACGAGCCGACGCGACUCGCAGGCGGCGGGCGGCGGCGGCGGCGGCGACAACGACGGCGCGUUUGUGAUCCAAGAGGACCUUGAUUUCCUGGAUGUCGCGGGCGAGACGGACGGGUUCAUGCCGGGCGACCUCAGCCAGCUGGUGGCGCGGGCCAAGAACGAGGCGCUCGUGCGGUCGAUCACGGGCAACAGCGACCUCGACGACAACGUGUCGAGCAUCGUGCCGCUGGACCGCGUGGACUUUGCGCGGGCGCUCAAGGGCUUCACGCCGACGUCGCUGCGCAACGUGACGCUGCAGCACUCGACGACCAAGUUUGACAGCAUCGGCGGCCUGCAGGAGACGCGGCGCGUGCUGCUCGAGACGCUCGAGUACCCGACCAAGUACGCGCCCAUCUUUGCCAAGUGCCCGCUGCGGCUGCGGUCGGGCCUGCUGCUGUACGGCUACCCGGGCUGCGGCAAGACGCUGCUGGCCAGCGCGGUGGCGGGCGAGUGCGGCCUCAACUUUAUCAGCGUCAAGGGCCCAGAGAUCCUCAACAAGUACAUUGGCGCGUCCGAGAAGAGUGUGCGCGACCUGUUUGAGCGCGCGCAGGCCGCCAAGCCGUGCGUGCUCUUCUUUGACGAGUUCGACUCGAUCGCGCCCAAGCGCGGCCACGACUCGACGGGCGUCACCGACCGCGUCGUCAACCAGCUGCUCACGCAGAUGGACGGCGCCGAGGGCCUGUCGGGCGUCUACGUUCUGGCCGCCACCUCGCGCCCGGACCUCAUCGACCCGGCCCUGCUGCGCCCCGGCCGUCUCGACAAGAGUCUGCUGUGCGGCUUCCCCGACGCCGCCGACCGCCUCGACAUUUUCCGCGCGCUCGGCAACAAGGCCAAGAUGAGCGACGAGGUGCUCGGCGGGCCCAACCAGAGCGACGACAGCGAGGCGAUGCGCAACCUGGCGCAGCGCACCGAGGGCUUCUCGGGCGCCGAUCUGCAGGCGCUCGUGUCGAAUGCGCAGCUCGAGGCCAUCCACGACGUGCUCAACGACCGCGAGCAGAAGGCGUCUGCCGCGUCGGCGUCGGCGACGAGCGCCACGAACGGUUCCAGCGGCAAGCGCGCGGCCGUGUCCUCGGGCAAGAAGUCGGCAUCCGGUGCCACCACCGCUGCCGCCGCCGUACACAACUUUGUCUCCUUCCGGUACGGUGCGGACGACGGCAGCGCGUCGUCCGAGAGCAACGGCCAGGCACAGCACCGGUCGGCGGCGUUGGCGGAGCGCGCGGCCAUUGUGGCCAAGCUCGACAGCAUCCGGCUGGCACGGCGGCGCGAACGCACGGCCCAGCGGCCGGGCUCGGCUGGCGAUGCAGACGGUGGCAAGGGUGCUGCUUCGGCGGCGGCGGCGGCGUCGGGCCGUGAUGUCGUCAUCCGCUGGAAGCACGUCUACAAGGCGCUCGACAGCACGCGGGCCAGCAUCAGCGACCAGGAGCGGCGGCGGCUGGAGCGCAUCUACAAGGAGUUUGUGGUGGGCCGCAGCGGCGAGAUGCGCGACGGCCAAGGCAGCAUGGAGGUUGGCGGCCGGACGAGCCUCAUGUAG